UUAUAAACCAGCCGCAAAUAAUCUUCUAAUAAAUAAACGAUAAGUAGUUGACAUUUUCAGUGUUUUUGGGGUAAAACUCCCUCAAGAUAUCUUUCUGAUGGACAUUAGAAGUUUACAAGACUUACACAAAAAAUCUUGAGAAAAUGUGUUUGCUGGGGAUCUUUAGCUGAUAAGUAGGGAACUAGUAGGGAAUCGUGGGCUGAAUCGCUGAGAAGUGUGCAACACAUUAAUGUAUUCCAGAUGUUGAUCAACUCGAGUAAUUUCUGUAUAGGUAUCUAACAAAUAUUAGCUAACAAGUUUUAGUCAUGCAUCUGACGUAAGCAAGUGUUGUACAGAGCAACCCAAAAGAAAGCUAGUGAGUGUUUCGUGUUGCUUAUCACCUAAUCAGUACUAUAGAGGCCGGAGUGACAGCACAUGUAACCCAAGGUUGUGGAUAAAUGACGACGGCAGUAUAAUGAUGAAUCCCAGAGAUCAACCGUUUGUGAAUUAUCAGGAUUUCUCAAAUCCUAGCACUGGAGCCUCGGUCCACGUCGACCUGGGCACUCCAAACCAGCAGCAGCUCUUUGGAGGCCUCCAGAAUGAUCCUACGGGAGCCGGAAUGAUGCAGGACCUUCAAGGCUUUCCUGGACACAAAGAUCCCAAUGCACAAAGAAGCUUCUGGACUAUUGAGUAUUACCAAAAGUAUUUCAAUGUUAACACAAGCGACGUUGUCGAGAGGUUAAAGAAGUCUAUGUUACCUCAUCUAGUGGACAAUUUUUUAUUGGCUCACAUAAGACCAAACCCGGACUUGUACGGGCCAUUUUGGGUCUGUGUCACUCUAAUAUUUACCAUAGCAAUCAGUGGAAACAUAGCCAAUUAUUUUCAAUACGCCAAUGUCAAAAAUGGUAUUUACCACUGGAAAUACGACUUUCACAUUGUGUCUCAAGCUGCUACUUGUAUAUUUAUGUAUGCGUGGUUCUUACCUCUUGUAUUAUGGGGUUGUCUCAUCUGGUCUAAAAAUCAAGAACAGCAAACUAAUCAGGACAAUGAGUUGAUUGAGUCCAAUAACAGCAUUGGUCUUUUGGAGCUAAUAUGCCUGUAUGGUUAUUCCCUCACGAUUUUCAUCCCUGUUGCAAUUUUGUGUACAAUACAAUUCAAAUCAUUGCAAUGGUCACUUGCAUUGAUUGCUACAAUCAUGUCGGGUGGUGUUUUACUCAAAUCUCUUAUGCCAAUUAUUCCAGGAAAACACAAACCUCUGUAUGCUGCCUUUAUAUUGGGAUUGCACUUUAUACUUGCUGCAGGAUUUAUUCUAUACUUUUUCCAUACUCCAUCACUUGUCUCUCACCCUGGUGUACCCAGCCCAACUACAACUUCAACUACAACUACAACUACUACUACAACUCCCAAGGCAGCAUAAACUAUUUCAUUGAUCUGAUAGCAGACAAAGUGUGAUUGGUUUGUAGAAAUGAGGUCUUCUUUUCUUUGUAAAGUGUGGUACUAUUGUUAUUGCUUGUAGUUUUUCAUGCAUAAAAGUGAUCGUGAAGUAAUAAAUUCGUAUUUUUUUGUAAGAGGAAUAAAUUUUUUAAUGUUUCAAAAAUGGAGUAUUAAUAUGAAGUUUUUU